GUAUAUAUAUAUAUAUUUGUCACCUUUUGUAUCAGAGCCUUCAAACAAGGCAAGAAAUGGCUCACCAUAGCUUGUUAAGUUUGGCUGCACUAGUGUUCUUGCUGAUCAUUGACCCUUAUCGAGCAUUUGGUUUGAGCCGUGGUUCUUUUGGGUUAACCGGCAGUAGUAAUACUGUCAUCACACCACCGGCCGGUAUGUGCGCUGCUGCGGUGGCAAUACAUGGUUACAAAUGCCAGGAGUUCAACGUGAAAACAGAGGAUGGGUACAUAUUAAGUGUCCAGAGAAUUCCUGAAGGUCGCGUCGGAGGUGGUGGUGAUGCGAACAAGAAGCAGCCUGUCUUAUUGCAACAUGGGGUUCUUGUGGAUGGAAUGACAUGGCUGCUAAAUUCACCUGAUGAAUCUCUAGCGUUCAUAUUGGCUGAUAGCGGGUUUGAUGUGUGGAUCUCCAAUACUAGAGGCACCCGCUUCAGCCGCCAACACGUCACCCUUGAUCCUUCCAACCCGGAAUUCUGGAACUGGACAUGGGAUGAUCUUGUGGCACGUGAACUUCCAGCUGUUAUUGAUUUUGUGUUCAAACAAACUGGCCAGAAGAUUCAUUAUGUUGGCCACUCCCUGGGAACAUUGAUGGCUUUGGCAUCCUUCUCAGAAGGACAACAAAUAGACAAGGUGAAAUCAGCAGCGUUGCUAAGCCCAAUCGCUUACUUGAGCCACAUGACCACUGCACUUGGUGUUGUUGCAGCCAAAGCCUUUGUUGGAGAGGUCACAACGUUGUUUGGCCUUGAUGAAUUCAAUCCAAAAGGUUUUCUUUCUAGUAGAGAGCCAGUGGCCAACUUUCUCAAGGCUUUGUGUGCUGAGCCACAUGUUGACUGUUAUGAUUUACUAACUGCAAUUACAGGGAAAAAUUGCUGCCUCAAUGCCUCCACAGUUGAGCUUUUCUUGAAGAAUGAGCCUCAAUCUACAGCAACUAAAAACCUGGUGCAUUUGGCUCAAACUGCUCGAGAUGGAGUUUUGGCGAAAUACGACUAUGGAAAUGUGAACUACAAUGUAGAGCAUUAUGGGGAAUCAAAGCCACCGGUUUAUAAUCUCUCCAACAUUCCACAUGACUUUCCUUUGUUUCUCAGCUAUGGAGGCCAAGACGCGCUUUCUGAUGUUAAAGAUGUGCAAACUUUGCUUGACAGUCUAAAGUUACACGACCCGGACAAGCUAAGCGUUCAGUACGUGAAGGAAUAUGCUCAUGCAGAUUUCAUAAUUGGGGUCACUGCUAAGGAUAUUGUUUAUAACCAAGUUAUUACUUUUUUCAGAAGCCAUCAAUGAUCAUUGAUAAAAAAAAAAAAAAAAAA